AUGGCAGGAACAACUGAUUUGUCUUUUGCCUCUGUCUUCCGGCCAUGGCGCCCAGAGUUCAAGGAGAGUACUGAUGGGCAACCUCUUGCAACCGACCUUUUGCAGCUCUUCUCACCCCUUCCAGAUGAAAGACUUCCGGAAAACCCCUAUGUUGCUUUCUUUGUGCGCCGUGAUGUAUUGGUUGGCUUGAUUCUCUUCUAUGUUGCCAGUCUCUAUCUUUUUGCAGGGGUUCGAGAUGCAACCGGCUUUUCGGCAAAGGAGAGUCCAACCUUCCGUAACUUUGUCGCUGUGCACAACCUCUCUCUGGCAAUCUUUUCUGCUGUAUCUCUCUACAAUACUCUAUCCAUUGUGGUUGAAAAUAUGAUCAUGGGACCAGAUGGGUGGGUUGCUAUGGGCUGUGACACAGAAGGGGUCCAUUGGAACUCAGGCCUCGGUGGUUGGGCAUUCAUCUACUUCUUGUCCAAACUUCUUGAGUUUGUGGACACUUGGAUUCUUGUGCUAAAGGGUAAACAACCGUCCUUCCUGCAGGUAUUCCACCAUAUUGGGAUGGUCUUGAUUAACUGGGGAGUGAUCCGAGCCCGAUCAAGUUGGAUGUACUUUCCUGCAUCUCUCAAUCUGUUCAUCCACUCGUUGAUGUACACCUACUUCUUCAUAAAGACUCUCUAUCCCAAUGCUGAGAUCAAACAAGCCAAGUAUCUCACCAUGGCACAGAUAGGGCAGUUUGUCCUUGGAAUCACUGUUUCUUUGCUUUGGGCUUCAAAGUUGCCCACAUUAUGCAUCUCUCAAGCCUCAGCAUUCGUCCUCAUUCUUCUUCAAACCUACACAGCAAUCUUGGUUGCCAUGUUUGCAUCGUUCGCCCAUCACAGGUACAAGUUGCAUAAGAAGGCUUAA